CAAUUUAGACCAUUAACGAACGAUGUGAUUCAAGAUGUGCGUGGGAAUAAUGAUUGACCGAUAUUUACAGUAAUCACUCUCUCUUCGGUAGGGUAGGGCAGGGAAGAUAGAUUAUUGUAUCCUCUAAUAUCACCCCUAUGGUUAGAUAUUGGGAUUAUUAAUCCCAUUUCAAGUACGCAUGCAUCCAAAAUCAUCUACUUUAGAGUGAUUUUUAUCUAUAUUCAGAUAAGAAGCUCUUAACUAGAACGGAAGUCGGGAACAUAUCUACCUCAGCCCUCCCUAGUUACAUCUGCUCUGUUUCCCUUCGAUGCCUGGUUACUAAGUUUGUUGGAGAAACUUUAAAGUUGUGUAGUUUCAGGAAUCAUAUAAUGGAAAUUGGGCAAUAGUCUUCCAAAAGCGCUCUGUUACAUAUUUAAAAGGCGUUAAGUGAUUUAUUAGCACGACUGUAAUACAGUAACGCCAAAACAAGGACAAUAUGCAACACGAUGAGGUGAUUUGGCAAGUCAUUAAUCACGGGUUCUGUUCAUUUAAAGUAAAAACUACGACUCAGAAAUUUUGUAGAAAUGAGAAUAAUGUUACAGGGCUGUGCAGCAAACAGGCUUGCCCAUUGGCAAACAGCCGAUAUGCUACAGUUAGAGAGAAGGAUGAAGUGAGUAAAAUCGACACUAAAGCUGAGCUUAAAGCAGAUGUCUCUCAAUGGAAAAACUACUUUCAUUUGCUUUAUGACUGAAGCACAGAGAACGAGAUACCAUUGUUGCAACACCAGGGUUGUAAUCAAUACCCAGUAACAGAGCUUGGCUAUGUUGUAGUCAAAGAAUAUCGCAAAUUAUUACAUACUAAAACACUGGUGACAAUCAACAAGAAAGUUGAAAGAAGAGAAAAAACAAGGGAGCAUAAGGCUUUGGUUGCUGCACAGCUUGAAAAUGCUAUAGAGAAAGAAUUACUUGAAAGAUUAAAGAAAGGAACAUAUGGAGAUAUUUACAAUAUCCCAAGCACCGCAUUUGACAAUGCCUUAGACAAAGAAGAGAUAGAGGAUGAAGAGGAGGAAGAACUUGAAGAAGAAGAUGAGGAGGAAGAGGAGGAAGAGCCUGAGUUUGUGGCUGAAGAUGAGGUUGAUGUCAGUGAUCUAAGUGAUAUUGAGGACUUCCAAGUUGAAGAAGGUGAACAGGAAACAGAGAGUGAAGUUGAGGAGGAAGAGAUUGAAAAAAUCCCUACAAGACGUGCAGGACGUAAAGCAAGAGUAGAGAUUGAAUAUGAAGAGGAAAGAGAACCUAAAAGAGCUAAAUUAAAAGCUUAAUUUGUACAGGACUUCAAUUCAGAUAACUUAUUUUUAAUAGGAUCUCAUCAAAGGGAUGUCAGACAAUACACAUUCUUGAUUUAUAUAAAAAAA